UUUAAUUUUUCUUAAACUGACCAAAACUCUCACUAGGAGUGUAACCCAAGAUCAGCUGAUAAUGUUUUGGCAAAGAGCGUUGUAAACAUUUACAUCCGAAUAACAAUUGCAGCCAAAUCGACAAUGGAAGCUGUAAAGUCUAAACAAAAACUUAAGAAAAAGAAACGGGAAACUCAGAAGGCUGAAAUUCUCGGAGAAAAUGCAAUCGAAAAGGCUUUAUCCGAAAGUUUAGAGCCCCAGUCGUUCCCCGAUCCUGCCGGAAAUGGCACGAAUAUAGUUCCGGCCAGUUCCCCAAACGUAUUCGUUCAAAAGAGUGAUAAUAUUUUAGCGACAAACGAAACAAUAGAGAAAAGUGACGAUGACCUACGGGGCAGAUCCACACAAACUAGUAUGGAGAAAUUUUUGGACAUGAACAAACAAAUUUUGAAAACGGUCGACGACAUCGGCGUGAUCGUGAGCUCUUGCGGCCCCAAAUCCGGAGAGACGCGGCGGGACGUCGAAGCCACGGCACUUCUAAAUACCAAUAGGAUAAUUUUAAAAACCGUGGAGGACAGCGACGUCUAUAACAAACCUUCGGAGCAACUGAAACAGUUUCCGUAUCAAAGGCCCGAGAUAAAGCCUUACACCGAGCAACAGCUAAGCGCACUUUAUCACAAUAGCGAAUUGGACUCGUUGGAACAGUUCCGCAGUGACUUUCUCGAGGCGGAACUCAAGGGCCUUGCAGUGAAACGUCACCACCUCUUCGAACUGUUGACGAAUUAUUUAAAAGUACGCGAAAAAAUAACAGGGAACGAUUUGGAAUUAGAACAGAUCCGAAAGGAAUAUCGACAUUUGCAAAAUGAAUUGUGGACGAUCGAGUCGGCCGAAGUUAGCGGACGGGCUGAGUGCGACGACGGUCAGAUCGUCACGGCGACUCACGCUUACAGGAAAAGUAUCUUUCACAGGUCCAUCUUUCAAAGCGUUGUCCGCAUCCUCGGGAACGUAAGACAGUUGCUGUACGACAAUCACGUGCUAUUUUCGUACUCGGCAGAGGACCUCAGACUGCAGAUCGAUUUGUUUGUGCAUUCGGUGAUUGCAAAUUGCGUGUCCGCCACCGGGAUAAGCGCGAAUACGCCGGUGUCUCUUUCGGUCGGACGCGAACCGCCCCAUUUGACCGAUCGCAUCGCCGAAAUAAGGCUCUGCAUCUCGAUCCUGUUCGCCUUUCAAAGGAGACUCGUGCGCGACCCGACGUUUUCCGACGAGACGAGGGCGUGGCUUAAACAAUUGGUGGCCGUUUUGCUACGCGUCGCCAACUAUCAAGAUCAUCUGUUUAUUAUCAAUCACAUAUUGCGGUGUCCCGCUGGGGUGGGUUCCUGGGCAUCGAGUUUUGUCCAGGUGCCUUUAGAUAUACGUUCCGGACAAUCGCCAUUUUCUAGUUACGAGGUGAACCAUCUGCUGGCGAUAUUGGCCGUUAUUUUGAGUCCGGUCGAAGAGCGUGAGAAUUUUUUAAACGACAUUGCUCACAAUAAAGAAGGCGCGACGGACGCGUUGUGGAUAAUAGUGGAUUCCGACGGGGAAGAGGACGACCAAAAUGCCGGCACGUCUUUGAAAGAGAACGAUCUAGUAUCGCUAUUGAACCAAUUGCCUUUGGACGACAUGUUUAGAAUGUUGCUUUUGAUCGGCAAGAGGGACGAUCAGGACUUUUACGAUUCCAGUCUGGUGUCGGAACACCAUUUGGUUCGUUUUUUCGCCUUCGGCACCAUUUUGCUUCGAUUGAUUCACCGCGGUUUGCAAACGUACAAUCAGCCACGAUACAAUCAAUUCUCGAAGAGACUGAGCCGAUUCAUCAGGCACGUGGUGCAGUACACCACCGACCAAUGGGAGCAGUUUUCGAAGGCGAACAAAGUGACGGACGGCGCGAUGCUGGAAAGGAUCCAGAUCGAGUACGACGCGUUCUUCCUGAGGGCGAUUUUCUACCUGUAUUCGUCGCAAAAGUUGGGGGCGUGGCAGUUUCUCGCCGUCGUGCCCUAUAACGUGGCGACGAUAAAAACCCUGUGGAAAAUUUUCUAUUUCCUGCACAAUUCCGACGAAAAGGCGGACGACAUCUUGAAUCCCCAAGACUCGAGCGAUUACAGCGGACUGAUAUGGGAGAGAGCGUUGAGGGUGCAGUUCGAGGAGAAACUGGAGCGAUUAGAGGACGCGGAAAUCUACUAUCUGCUCAAUACGUUCGCCAAUAUGGCGUUGGCACGGGGGGAUCGCGACGUGGAUUUCGUCAGGGCCGCUGUGCUCGAUCUCCUGCAGGUAGGAUUUAUUAGCGAAACGACUCGAGACAGUUGUUACAAGUCAGCACGAAUCCUCUUGACUCACUUAACAUCGAAACACCCGCAUCUCCUCUCCGAAAUAUUGGCGUCUGUUAAAGAUAACAUCGACCGGAUAAAAUCUUUGGCUCUGUACUUGUACGAAGAGCUGCCCCUGUCAGUUUGGACGCUUACCUACAAUGAUUUGGAGAUAAUCGCUGGGUUGCUGCUGAAUAGUCCAGUGGCGUCCGACGAGAGCAAACUUGCGAGGAUGAUCUUGUCCCGGUUAAAUUGGGACUUGCUUCCGUACGAAAUGCAUUGCGACACCGCCCUGUUGGUAUUGAAAUCCGUAGAUCAGGAGUUAGGGUAUCUGCAGUGGGGGUGGCAGACGAUUUUGAGGCUGAAGCUCCACAUCAGCGACAAACACUUUAAGGAGUUCGGUAGAGUUCAGGAGCCCGAGAGGUUCGACAUUUUAACCAAGGGAAUCAAAGAGGGACGACCGCUGGCCAGUUUCGUGUCCGUCUUGAUGACAACUUGGGGCCACCUUAUACCCCCGAUAUGCACCCACGGCAUGGAUCAACUGAUCCAAAUCCAAAACCAUCACAAACACGAGGCGGUGCUGUUCGCGUUGUACCAAAUCGUGCCGCUGUUUAUGUCGAGCCAAGAGUGCCUGGUCAAUCUGGAGAAGUAUCAGCAAGUGUUGGUCAAUCUUUUAAACGCGGACAGGGGUUACAUUUCCAUGGCGAAGAGUUUGCUGGUCGGUCAAGACACCGUUUUGCAACAGUUCGGCAAUAUGAUCGAGACCCAAAUCGCGAACUAUCGGUAUUACGAACUAGACGGUCCCCGCCCCUUGGUACGAUUGUGGAUGAACUCUUUGGUUUCGAUGCCUAAUUGGAACAGCGACGGCGGCGUUCUAUACUUACUGGACGUGUUAAUUGGGAACGCGUUUUUUCACAAGGACGGUCUCGAAGUGGUUUACGAAAUCCUACGGAAUUUACACCAGUGCGGUACACCGACAGAGGCGGGUUCGAUAUUCAGCGUGUUAAAAUGGGUGUCCGGCGUCAAUACGUCGAACAGUCUGAUUGCCAACUCGCUGGCUCCCUAUCCUUGGCUCGCUUACGUUUUUCUGGAAAUCGAACACCAAGAAAGGGAAGUGAGAACCGGGUUAUGGAGGGAAAUACUGAUCGAACUGUCGAAGCAAAAGGGCAAAAUAAACGUCGAUCACGCCAUUAAGAAAGCUGCUGGGACCGUAAAAGUUAGUCCGUUCACAUCCGGUUGGCUCUGUAUUUACCGAUGGGCACAACAAGCUCUGGACACUCCGAUCGAUCACCAGCUGUUGCCGCUCAUCUGGCAAAAAUUUUUCACACUCUUCUUGACCAGGAUAACAACAUCCACUGGUGCGUCGGAAAACGCUUGCGUCGGACCGAAAUUCUUCGACGGCCUCGUCAACUUCGCUUACCAGAAGAGAAUCAAGCGACGGCUUCAAGAAACGGUCGAACACUACGAGAGCGACGACGGGAAUUGCGACGGCGAUCCGGACGCGAAGGAAUUGCGCCAAUCGUGUCGCAAACUAUUCCAGGCGUUCCUGUUGUGGUUGGACGAGCCCGGGCUGCGAGAGAACACGAUACUGCACCGCCUGCCGCCGCAGUACGAGCCCGGCCUCUUAACUCUAAUUGUUCAAAACGACAGGAGCCCGUGGUAUCAGUAUCUGGACUACGAAAAGUUGAGGCGACAACGUGAGGCGUGUAUAAGGACGUGGAGGGUCGCGAAUUUCCGCGAGAAAACCAACGUAAACCGGCCCUUAUUGAAUCCCGGAGGUAAUUCGGAGAGCUCAGAUCCGGUCGAGAGGAUUUUGCGCAGGUUAACGUCGUACGACGCUCCGAAACCACCUCCGGAUUUGGUCCAGAGGGCGCCCGUCAUGCCGCCCGUCGAUUUUGCCGACAAAGAUUCGAUGUUUCGAAGUCUCGAGCCUUGCUUCAAGACGUUGAAACAGUUCGCGCAUAAUCACACGCUAAAACUGUCGGAGCACAAGGCGCUCGAUUGCUCGUAUCAAGAAUUGGCGCCCCAGCUAUAUAGAUCGGUCCUUAACAAAGUGAAGAAGAAGAUACCUUGCAAGGGUCGUAAUCAAACAGUGCAUUGCUCAGGGGCAGCGACCGUUGUGCUAGAGAUGCAGGAGGCGCGUGUCAACGAAAGGAUAGAACACCAGAUCGAAAUCAACCGGAAUGCGUACGAAUCGCUCGUCGCUAAGACUUUGGAAAAGGACUCGGCGAGUCUUUGCGGCGCUUCUGUCGCGAUUCAGCGGGCCGUGGGAGCGCUCCGGUGUCGAAUCGAGGCGGACCCUUCGUCCGCGGAGAUGGGCGUGCGACUCUUCUACCACAUUCUGUCCCUGUUCGACGAAGAGACGACGGCGUAUCCGCCGACGAGAACGCUCUUCGCGAUCUGCUUGGAAAAACUCGGCCGGAGUCACAUUUACGGCGUCGAACGGGAGAUGCCCGGGUUGCUGCGUACGAUCUUGACGGAACCCCGGCUCGCGUGUUACCUGGCGCCCCAUUUUUCGCCCGCCAACGUCGGCACCGCCCGCAUGCUCUCCAUGUACGUCACGAUUUGCGACGAAACGGACCGGAAAUGCGACGUAGUAUUCGCUCUGCUAUCGAAAUUCGAAAUCGAUAAGUGGUUGAACGCGAGACAACCGAAACUGAGCGAGAGGACGCGGUUUAUCGAGGCCGUAGUCAAAGGACUAACCGUUUUGGGCUACGACCCGCCCGUAGAGACGCUCAUGCUGCACGGACUUUACCGUAAACACCUGUUGAUGGUUUUCGAACACCAAUUUCCGGAACAUUACGGGGAAAUUCUCGUCCGUCUUUUGAACGCUAGCGACGGAAACUCCGAGUCCGCUUUGAUCGCCAAAACCGUCUGGCUGGAUGUGCUGAACUCGUUGUCCAAACCCGCGAGGAUCGACCCCAAGACUUCGCUAAGAGAUCAGCUCAGGCAGUACGCGCAACAUCAGAGUCUCCUUCAACACCAGGAGCUGCUGGACACUGUCGAAUUGCUUUCACGCCAUUUCACCAAAGAGCGCCUUCAGUACGGUUUGUACGGGUUGUACCCGAAAUGCCGCAACUAUAUGGACGUGUACGUGCUUUUGGUGGGGAUGUCCGGCCACGCCCUGAUCGUGAGCAUGCUGAACACGCAUCAGGGCACGUUGGGUGACAAGUUGUGCGAGAAAAUUUGGCCGUAUAUAAGGGACGUGUUCGCGCCCUGGCUCGUGCCCUACUCGAUGCACAACUUGAAGGAUAACAUGGCGGCUUGGAUACAACAAUUGGCCGACGAUCGGACGGUACUUCUUCCAUGGAUCCCGUCCGAUAGCGGCCAAGCCCGGAAGAUGUUGGACGCGUUCUUCGAGUGUGUCACCUUCGUUUUGCACACCCUACCGACGUCCACGAGUAUCCUCAGCUAUUUGUGGCAGUGGUACGUAGCCUCGUUUGCCCACGUCUCCGUCAAAGAUCACGUUUUACUGCCGGUACAUCAGUUGUUUGCCACAUUCCCGUGGCACAAUUUUUGGCCCUCCGUUACCGACUUGGAAUGUAUGCUGAAAGUCGUGGAUCAAUACUUGCCCGAUUGUCAUUCGUUUCUCGGACACGUUUUCAUUUCCGUCCCGUGGACGAAUUGGUUCGGACACUAUGCGGACGCCCCUGUCCAAGUGAAAAGCCGGAUCCAUCAUUGUUUCCUCAACUUAACCGUCAAACUGAUCAACGAACCGAAAAUAAGGGCGAACUAUUCGGAGAAAGCGAAGGCUCUGCUGGUGCAAGCGGAAACUUUGGACUGGCCGACGUUAGACCCUGUCCUCUAUCAGCACGUCAUGGACUGGCUCGUUAUGUCCUACGAGGCGUCCAUCAUAUUCAAGAGGGACCCGCUUGACCUGGAUUGCAUAUUAUUGCGUUUCUUGGCAACUGUCGCGGGUUACCACGCGACCUGGCCGGAAAUGACGCCCGCGCUGCUCGCCAAAAGGCAAAUCUACGUGAGGACCGUGGCGAAGCUGCUGUCGAUAUACGCGGGCAGACGCAAAAACGCGAUCGCAUCGCGUCAGAACGAGAUCCAUAACGUCGUCUUCGACCGUUUGAACGAGUUGGAACGCGUCGUCGAUACUCGCGACGAAUUCGACACCUUGCUGAGAGAAUGGACGGCCGUGGUCAAUAUCGACGGCGUAGGGGUCGCCGCGACUCAGGCCUUCGUCAAAUGGAUUAAGAACAAACCUAGCGACGGGAUGGCGCUGAGGUCGCUGCUGCGCACGCUCGGCCUCUGCGUAGACGAUCCGAAGUGUCUGGCCGAACUCUGCGAAGCGACGUUGACCUCUUACUUCUGCAACGUUUUCGAAAAUUGCGCGGAACCUACGUGGCAAGAAGUUGUCCGUGAGACGACGAUACAGUCUUCGAAACGAACGGAGUUGGAAGAAGUACUCACGACGAGCGGCUCCGUGUUGACACUGAACGUGAUGCUGAUGCAGCGCGCUCAGAAGUGCACCGAUAAGGAGGCAGUUUUGAACACGUGCAUCGAAUGCAUCGAACGUGUCAAGGUUAACGAAUCGACUGAACCAAAGAUCCCUCUAGUCUGGUUUACAAUUUUACGACUCGCCCUGGAUCAUUGCGACAAAGACGAAACCGGAUCGGCCAUUUUGCUUUACAAAUUCGCGCAAAUUUUACUGCAUAUGUCCGAGGACAAGUCCGGGAGCCGCUGGGGGCGGGGCAUCUUAAGUGCCAUCGGUAUGGCGAGACAGGAGUGCGUAAGCGUGAAUUUUAGAUUCCUUUGCCGGGCUUUGGGCGGCUACAUUUUAGCCCAGUUGCCCGAGAUGAAAGGCCAUCCUCAGACCGUGCGACGGACAGGGAACGCCCCAUGCGGGGCGGGACAACCGGGGGGAAACACCGAAUGUUCCAAAGUUUUGAUGGUACUGGAUUUCGGGCAGUCGCAGGGUAAAAUCAAAGACUGCGCCGUAUUAGCUCUGAAUCAGAUUCAGGAUCCCGGCAAUUCCCUUCGCAACAGCAAAGCGUUCUUGUGGCUGCUGUUGAAGCAAUUUUACGUGAAGCCGUAUUUGAGGGACAUCGGGUAAAAUCGGUGAUGUGAUAUACGAAUAAGUUUAUUGUGUUAUUUUGCAAUUUAAAUAAAACAUCAAUGAAAC